GGCAGCCCCGCCCGCGGAUGAGCGGCGCGCGGGGGCCGCCGGGAGCUGUAGUUCCCGCCCUCGCGCGGGGGGUGCUGGUGUCGGCGCGCCCUCCCCGCCCGGCCCGCGCUGCCCAAUCCCGAGCGCGCGACGGCCUCCUCAGGGCGGCGGCGGCGGGACCCGCGGGAGCUGCCGGGGCCGCGGCUGGCAGGAGGCGUCGUGCGGCCGCUCCGCUCGGGGCCGGCGCGGCGGACGGCGGCGGCUCUGUUCUUAAGACGUUGUAGCCAUGACUAAGAGAGAGGCAGAGGAGCUGAUAGAAAUAGAAAUUGAUGGAACUGAGAAACAGGAAUGCACUGAAGAAAGCAUUGUUGAGCAAACCUACACCACUGCAGAGUUUGUAAGUCAAGCUAUUGACAUCAAUGAACCAAUUGGAAAUCUUAAGAAGCUGCUGGAACCCAGACUGCAGUGCUCCUUGGAUGCACAUGAAAUUUGCCUGCAAGAUAUCCAGCUGGACCCAGAUAGAAGCCUUUUUGAUCAAGGAGUAAAAACAGAUGGAACAGUGCAACUCAGUGUGCAAGUAAUAUCUAGGCAAGGGAUAGAGCCCAAAUUAAACAUCCUUGAAAUUGUGAAGCCUGUGGAGACUGUGGAGGUGGUGAUUGAUCCAGAUGCUCAUCACGCAGAGGCUGAAGCUCACCUUGUUGAGGAAGCUCAAGUGAUAACCUUGGAUGGAACAAAACAUAUCACAACGAUUUCAGAUGAAACCUCUGAACAAGUGACACGAUGGGCUGCAGCGUUGGAAGGCUACCGAAAGGAGCAGGAGCGCCUUGGAAUACCCUAUGACCCAGUGCAGUGGUCAACAGACCAGGUGCUCCAUUGGGUGUUGUGGGUGAUGAAGGAGUUCAGCAUGACAGACAUUGACCUCAAUGUACUCAGCAUUCCCGGGCGGGAGCUCUGCAGCCUCAGCCAAGAAGACUUCUUCCAGCGCGUCCCGCGGGGAGAAAUCCUCUGGAGCCAUUUGGAGCUUCUUCGAAAGUAUGUUUUGGCUAGCCAAGAGCAUUCUGGAGAAAUAGCAACUGUUACUAUCGAUCAGCCUGUGCAGAUUAUUCCAGCAUCUGUACAGCCUGCUACCCCCACCACCAUUAAAGUAAUAAACAGCAGUGCAAAGGCAGCUAAAGUACAGCGAGCUCCAAGGAUCUCUGGGGAAGACAGAAGUUCCCCUGGGAACAGAACAGGAAACAAUGGCCAGAUCCAGUUGUGGCAGUUUUUAUUGGAACUUCUCACUGACAAAGAUGCUCGGGACUGUAUUUCUUGGGUUGGUGAUGAAGGAGAGUUUAAAUUGAAUCAACCCGAACUGGUUGCGCAAAAAUGGGGGCAGCGUAAAAACAAACCCACCAUGAACUAUGAGAAACUUAGUCGGGCUUUGAGGUAUUACUAUGAUGGAGACAUGAUCUGCAAAGUGCAAGGCAAGAGGUUUGUGUACAAAUUUGUCUGCGACUUGAAAACUCUCAUUGGCUACAGCGCAGCAGAGCUGAACCGGUUGGUCACGGAGUGUGAGCAGAAGAAACUGGCCAAGAUGCAGCUCCACGGCAUCGCGCAGCCGGUCACAGCUGUGGCUCUGGCCACGGCCUCCCUGCAAACAGAGAAGGAGAGCUAAGCACUGGGACCUGAACGCAGGAGCCUGAGGCCUUUCCUGUAUAACCAGAGCAGCAACUGCUCUUACCUUUAUCAGAAUUGGAAGCUUCUUUUGUUUCUUGGCAGUAAAAUAACAGUGCAUGAUUUUCUACAAAGAACUGGGACUGGUAUAAAUUUGGAUCUUUUAACAGCCUAUAUUUCAGUGUAAGUUAAGGGGUUGCCACAACUUCUGCAACGUUGAGUCAGGGCCUCUGUGGUAUGCAAUCUGAAAAUGGGUGGGAAAGGUGGAACUGGUCAGCACUCUCUGCCCACAGCCGUACAAAGUAAUUUUUGCAGUGCUUUUAGCAAAAAUGAAGUACCUACAGCAAGCAGGCUGAUCGGUUAUCUGAACUCAGUCCUUUCCAGUCUUCUGUUCCUUGCUGAAGUACCAAAUGGCAUUUGAUGCUUUCAAAGUUAAACACGUUCAUUAUUCUCAGUUAAUCAAGCAGAGCCGAAAGAUGCAUUAAACAUUACAAAGCACCGGGUUCUUAAAAUAGCAUCUGUGUUUAUAAGCAAAGGAAACUAAGACUAGACUGAACUGAAGAUCAGUGCUGAAGAAAGAGAUCCAGGUUUAGAUCUGGCUUAGGUGAAAAGCCAAUUAUGAGUAUUUCAUUGUAAUAGGUAGAUAAUACUGCAUAUAUGAGGGCAAGUACUCCCUGUUUUGAAAGACACUGACUUGAGCCAUUUAUCAAAAAGUGAAGACAAACUUCCCCCACUACAACCUCCCAUCAGGUGAUUUGAAAACUUGACAAAAUAGCCCUCACCCAAAGAGUAGUUUGUUUUGGUGGGGGGUUUUAAUGCUCUGUUCUGCAAGGUGCUUGUACCUGCAUGGUAGUCAACCUUUGUAACUGAAGACUUAAGUUAAUCACAGUCAGGAGUCUUUGUUUAGAAACAAAAUGCAAGUUGAAAACAGUUUUACAGAGAACUGGAGUUUGAUUUCCAAAAUUGUUGUACAGUCUGACAUAUAUUGAAAUACAAAGAUGUAUUUUUUAUUUAAAAUUAAUUUCUUUCUGAACUGCAAGUGGUGUUUUUGAAGCUUCAUAAGCCAAAUGCAUGUUCCAGAGCUGGGUGCAAUUUGAAAUCUGGAUGAUGAAUAGAAGUAGUUGGAAUGUAUCCUGACUUCUGAGCUGCAGCGAGUACUUAAAGCAAACUUAAAUGUGCAGUAAAAAGUAGGCUGCAACUUUGAGCUUCUGUACUGAUGCCUGUUAGACUAUCUCUUUUGAUGGCUGCCAAUGCUGCAAUUUUGGGUUUGUUUUUGCCCCUACAUGUUAUUAAACAGUAUAAAUGUUAUGUCACUGUGCGUAUUUUCCAACUUUUUAUAAGUGAAAACCGCAUCUGGUAACACUUAACAAUUAAAAUGUGAAUGUAUAAAGGAAAACCUUUAAUUCUUUGAGGGAUCAAGUUGUUCUUGAACCUUAAAUCAAAAGUGCUUGUACAGUAGGGUUCUAAACAUAAAAUGUGUAUAUUGAGUAGCAAGUGCACUGGACUGUUGCCCUUGGCCUGGAGAGGAACAGUCGUACUUGCAGGCAGAGGGGAAAGAAAACUGAAGAUGCAUUGAGGACAAAGCUCUUCGUUUAUAGGAUACUCAUCUGCAGAUGGUUUUUGCUUAACUAGAAAUCUUCCAUCUUGUUCUAGCCUACUUUUUACACGUGAUGAUGAUUAUAAUUUCUUUCUAUUUUUUUUGCCAGAUUCUUUCAGUAGCUCUUAACAUUGUUUUCAUUCUUGAGCUCUUAAAGCACUCCAUGUACUGAGCAUGAUGAUUUUGUUUUUAAAAAGUCUUAGACCCUGAGCAAAAUACGUAAAGGUAUCAUGAGAGGUCAGCCAUCAGUCCAUUUACUGCUGUUACAGUAGCCUGAUUCCACCUGUUGGCAAGUGCUUGAGGUGACUUAUGCAAAUAGGGGUCAGGUUUGCUUACUAAGAAUAAGGUGAAGGUGGCAGCAACUAUGUGUUUAACACCGCUCCAUUACUAACAGAAGUCCAAUACAAGUCACUGGUUUUAUUUAGCAGAGUUCAUGAGAGCCCUUUUUAGUAAAAACAUGGUAUAAAAAGAAGAGAAGCUUAAAAUACCAGCUCUCUAGAUCAAACUGGACUGUGGGAGGAUAAACUAACAGCAAAGUGGAAAUGUUGUGUCCAUGCUUUAUCGUCCUGAAUGUUCUUGUUACGUGACUGAGCCCACUAAGGGAAACUUCUGAUACCACACUUUCUUUGUAAAUACAUCCGAUUAUUAUUUUGCAGCUUUUCGGUAGCUAUGAUAAUCCUUUGGGUUCUUUGUUGUGGGAUCAUCCACUUUUCCACCGUGUUCUACUUAGUAAAGAAGGAAUCUUUCAAACAGUAUAAAAAUCACUUGUCACAUUCUCUGUAGUUGAGGGGAGAAGUCUGUGACUGACUUGAUGUCUUCAGUAAAAUAGAAGAUGUAGAAUAUAUUGUCAAAGGUUGUUCUGUUGCUGCCAGAAGGAAAACAUAAAAAGAAUAUUCCCAAUUUUUUGUAAAAUGGAAGGUUUUUUGCAUACUUUUUACUCUUUAAAUAAAGACACUUAUACUCUGCUAAUUAUGUAUUUCUUUUGUGUUUUGCAUUUUUUUUUGGUAAUUUUACAUGAAACAAUUAUUUUCUAUUUUUACUCUGAUAAAAUAUUUGUGCAUAAAAUGUCAAUAUAGUAAAAUAAAAAUGUUAUACAGCUAA